AUGUCGUUCGCGGUCGUCGGCAUUGGGGCAGGCAUCGGGGCCCUCUUUCUCUGCGCAGCCUGCUUUGUUGUCUACCAGAUAUAUAAGCGCAGACGCGAACACAAUCGCGAAAUCGCCGAGAUCGAACAAGGCUUCCCUCCUGCACGACCUGUGGAAGUCACUCGGUCACAGCAAGAACCUGGCGCGUGCCAACUACCAUUGAUACCUACAUACGUACCUUGUGGAGGAUGGGGUGCACUGGCAUCAACAGAGACAAUCAAUAAUCUGCCACCGUUCGCGCAAGUCAACAACCGCCUCCAUCCAGCCUUCAUCUUUCCAGAAGAGCAGACACGGACAGGAUGGAAUUUCCCUGGACGAAGACCAAGGAUGGGACGUCUGCCGUCCAACGCUAGAAGACUGCAAGCACUUUCAGCCAUCAUUGAGAGCCCAAGAGGAGGUAUGCCCAAAGCAGGAUCCAGAAACUCACCGGCUGCUACCAAAGGCGGUGCUGUCAGGGAACAGGAGAUACAAUCCACUUCUGUGGAGCAGUUGAUCGCAAAGCCAGAGGUCGUUAGGACAGAUUCGCCACAAAUACCUCCUCGCUCAUCCUCGCGGCCAAUACGGCUUACUGAUGUGCCACCACCAAAGCCGCUCUCAAGAGAGCCAUCAUGCCGACCCCGAGCAGCUCGAUCAAAGUCAUUAGGGACUGUCUCUGAUCCCAACAAGCCUAAUUCGACAGACACAUUCGCAUCUGCCCCUGGGCCGGCACCAACGGGACCAUUGCCUCCUCUCCCGCCUUUACCAAGGAACAUCAGUCGGCACAGUGACUAUAACCCGGCAAACCGUCACAGUGCUCUCGGUAUACCUUCAGCAAAGCAUAGUGAGAGUACAUCAACCAGCUUAAACAGCGGUUCUCAGCGCAACUGGGAAAGGAUUAUGAGAUCCGAAGACAUCAGUUCGAUACCAGAGUUUAAGAAUACCCCAAAACCCUCGACACUGGACGAUGCUGCGGCAGGAGCAGGAGUUGAAGUUUCAUCUAAUGGCGGCAACUCUCGACCAGGAAGCUACCUCGGACACAGAAGAAGUCUUGUGUGUCUGAGUAUCACCUCAGGUGGUAGUAAUCGUAACUCUGUUUCUAGUAUUGCGUCUACCUUGGAGAAACAGUCGAACAGGCUCUCGAUACCGCAAAUUCUCAAUGUCGAUCGAAUCAGUAUCAGUCGUGUAUCAUCAUCGGACUCGCUCAAGGGCGGCGUCACCAUGAUCAGCACCCCAAGACGACACACCGGAUCGUCGAGAGUCUCAGCAACCGGAUCACCAUCAGAGAAGCCCAAACCAAAUGUCCUACGAGCUGUCUCGGGCAAUUCUCUAUCUCCACAGAGACCAAUGAAGAGUGCAUUGAGAGACUCGAGUGAUGAGGUCAUGUCCAAGUGGGAAAAGUCAGUGAUAGGAGCUAGGCACUCAAUCUUGAAGGGCAGUCCCGGUGCGAGAAAAGGCCAUCGCAGACAAAAUUGUGUCCGCUUAUCGACUCUCGCACCCACUGUUCUAGGACCAGGGGCUCGAAGCAGAUCGACUAGUCCUUCAAUGGAUGAGAUUCAAGAAGAAUCACCGGAUCGUACAGCUGGGCCAGUGGCCGACAAGCAUUUGAAUGGCGAUGUGACAUUGCGGCCGCGAACCACCAUGGAUCCUUUGAGGUUACGCGCAUCACUCACGCCUAGCUCUCCGACUCUUUCUAUGGUCGCAUAUCAGAAUGAGCCGUUGCCCUGGCACAGUGAGGUAAAUUCUAGACGUGCAUCUUAUGUGUCGCCAGGGGCAAAGUCCGCCUUGUCGCGAGAGGCAUCGCUAUUCAGCAUACCCAAUCUUCCAGAUAUGAACCAUGUCGACAAAGAUGAAGAGGUGCAGCAAGGAUCGGAAACACCUGCAAUUGAAUUCACGCGUCCAUCGACUGAAUGGUCAGAGCAUGAGCGCAGUCCUCCAUUUGGGCUUCAUGUUACACCGAGCAACUCGAAGCGUUCGGUCUACAAGCCUGAAGAAUCACCACCACUGCCGUCAUGGUCAAACAAAUACGACCCUUCUUGGCCGAUGCUGAUUACGGAUCCUCCUGCCAGCGGACAAGAGUAUGAUCCGAGCAGACCUAUCUCGGUCUACUCUUCUGGUGAAGAAAACAGCAGCUCGCCCAACUUCCCGUUCGCUGUCAGAGAUGAGCCCAUACCAACGACUUGUUCCUCACCGCCAUCAUUCCUAGCUGACUAUGAUGAUGAAAAAGAGAACAGAGGCAGGAGAUCGCCAUACAGCGAAAAGGAGACUGAAUCGCCGUAUGCGCGUGCAGCUGCUCUCACUCAACGCAUCCGUUCACCCUUCGAAUCCAUGCCCAUCCUUCGUCCCCAUGCCUCAUUCAUGGAAGACUUAGACCCAAGCCUACCCUCCCCACCCCCAUCACCCAACUCCAGCAUCUGCAAAACACCACCGCUGCUAUGCCGUACCAUCAGCAAUGGUAGCGAUACCCUCGCCAGCCCAAAACCAUCACUCCUAAACAGCAGUGCCCACCGUCGUUGCAGCACAAGCCCCCGUCGCCGCAGCACUAUUUCGUCGCCUCAACGCCGCAGCGGCGGCAUCGAAAAACCUUCCUGCUCACGCAGCAAACGUGUCACAGGCCCCCGCGCUCAACCACCAAAAGACAUUCGCAAAAGCAUCAUGGCACUACGACGCAUGAAUUCUUCCCUCCAAGUUUCCGAAGACGAGAUGGGCAAAGGAUCACAUCGCUACUUGCAUUUAGGUCGAGAAGCUUCCGUGCAACUUCCCUUUGACUUUGGCUUUUCGUCCGAUACUGAAGAUGGUAGUUCACCACCAAAAGAUGUUCUACUGUCUGAGGAGCAAGAGGAGAUGGCGAGUAGGGAGUGUCAUAUACUUACUUACUCACCCACGAAACCGACAUUGAGUCUUUUGACCACUGUUCCUCAAGCCAAAGGUACACGUCUCAGUGUCUGGGAAAACGGGGAAAGAUAUUGGCAAGAAGCGCAAGAUUGUGCAAGCACAGGCAGUCCUAUCGAUACACCCACGUCUGCGUUGAACAAACUACUGGGUUGGGAACAAAAAGACAACGCAACAUUGACACACCAGAAUCACCAAGAGAUGGAAGCUUCCAGGGAUGCAGAUUCAGGCAAAGCAAACCUACAAAUCUUACACGAAGGCCAGGAAACACAGACUUGGGAUAAGAGAAAGAGUAAAGCGAUGGAGACGCCAAAGAGUGUGCGGAGUUUAUAUGAUCAACAGGGGUUUUAUACGAGUCCGUGA